AUGGGAGAUUGGGCCCGGGGAUGGACGAGAGUUGGGCAAACAGGCCCGAUUCAACAUUAUGGUCGCAUAUGGGAGGCUGAGCGCGAACGUGAAGAACUGGGCAUAAUCGACAGUUGGAACGACGAUGACAGUUGGCCUGGCAUCUAUCGCGAAUCCAACCCUACUUCCAUCUCUAACUGGUCGUUUUACAGCAGUAAACCGCUCUUCAACGGCUCUGAUGCGAAGCGCUUCGAUGCGAAACUUGUCAAACUCGACGACCUCGGAUAUGGCGCAUUUGGUCGCGUUGAGAAGGUCUCUUAUGGUUCGGUCUAUCUUGCGCGCAAGAGAAUUACACGACGUCGCGGCUUCACAAUUGAUGAUCUGCGCAAAGAAAGCUUGACCAUGCAGAAGCUUGACCAUCGACAUGUUGUAAAGCUUAUUGCGACGUAUGCGCCACGAACCCACGAAUUAUGUCUCCUCAUCUGGCCUGCGGCUAUUUGCAACUUGAGCACCCUUCUAGAGGACAUAGAAUUCUUGCGACUGGGGGAAGGGGAUCGUGAGGACAUAAUCGAGAGGCUCGACGCACUAGACAUCAAGGACUUGAGUGCUAUCGAGCCCUCUUCUGAAGAUCAGCUUCUUCAUUCUAUAACAAAAUGCCCUCUGGAGUUCCUGCGCAACACGAUUGGAUGUAUCGCUCGUGCCAUGGCUUACUGUCACCAAAACGAUGUGAGGCACCUCGACAUUAAGCCGUCCAAUAUUCUCCUUAAGGCGGAUCGCGUGUACCUUGCCGAUUUUGGGGUUUCCAGAGACGUCAGUGGACAGGACCAAACGAUGACAGAAGGUGUACCUGGAACCGAGAGGUGGCGUGCCCCUGAACUCUACGCCGACAAUGGAUCUAGCAUGCAAUUGUCAGAUAUCUACUCGCUAGGUCUCGUCUUCCUAAACAUCGCAACAGUUCUAUACAAUGUCCGGUUGGCCGACUUUGACGAAGCUCUGAAAUAUCCAUCCAGAAAUACACAAGAAGAACAGCUUUGCGAGCGAGAGAAGAAGCUGAACGCCCACCUUGAAAAGCUCACAUCCCAUGCUCUGGUCACGCCACCUUUUAUGUUUACUUAUGAGGGCCAAGAAACGGUCCGUCCCAGGCCAGUUGUAAACUUAGUUGCUCGAAUGAUCACCCCGAACCCGAAAAGUCGACUGCAUGCGUACAAGAUAGACGAAAAGUUGUCCAUGCUGGGAGGGAUCCAUCAAAUAUAUCAUGGCGAAUGUUGCAAAAGACCGAUUUCCUGGGUCGAGGACAAAUGGGACAAGAAGCUCACGACAUUGACAAGUCUCCGAAGGGAAAACAACCGUUUGAAACAAAAAAUCAACGAAUUAGAAGGGCGAGACAGGACGUACGAACUUCGACUUGAGCACGAACGCAAAGGUCAUGAGCAGGCCGUGACUACUCUCCAAAAGAAGUUGAAGGACAUGGAGGACAGCUGCCUUAUGCUGCAAGGCGGUACUUUCCAUCGUAAGAGCAGUAUAGGCCGUGUCCCUGCUAAAACGGCGAUGCCACGACCUGGCCGGACAAGCACAGUAUCUUUGAACUCCUAUUCUGGGCUUGAGUCGUCACCAAAAUCAAAAUCGACUCCAGUGACUCCAGCAGCAAGGCCAGCUCUCCAGCCCUGGUCACGUUCCUCUCAACGUCUCCCGCUUGAGCAGAAAGCGUCCCCGCUCCAGAGGCAGGCCGUAUCUUCGCGCCCUCCAAACGACACAACCCCCAGGGGGUCAACCGAAUUUCCGACAUCGCGAUCACCAAGUUUUGCGAACAUGGUAGGGUAUACUUUGCGGUCUCGUGGAUCGGGCUCCAAACUUCCCCUACCAGUGACCCCAUCUCGCAGUGAAGCGCCGCAUCUCAACCACGACCAAAGCUCGACAGACAGUAGCAUGUCGUCAUCGGUGUUCUCUCGACAUAGUAUUGAGACAAUUUCAACGCCUUUACAAAGUAGUCCAGCUUUGGACCGCAGUCCCCUUCCUAUGGACUCAAAACAGGUGCCUACUUGGGGCCAAUUGCCCCAAAAGACUCGUCCCAGUAAUAGAGUGGCAACCCCUGAACCACCACUAUUGACACAUGAAUCGAGCAGCCCGACCUUCUCAAUACCAUCCGCCAUGUCUUCGCCCAGAACCCUUCAAUCAGAGAUCGCUAGUACCAACGGGGACCAGACGCGUCGACCGUCUGUGUCAUCAUUGCAAUCAUUAAAGAGCUGGGCUGAAGUGGCAAACGGAGGGGAAAAGACAAAGAUGAUCACCCAACCACGAGCGCACUCAAAUAGGUGUUAG